AUGGGUGACACUUUCCUGUCUCAGCCCGAGUUCUUCGAGGUGGAGCUUGGAGAGUCGCUUCUGUCGAGAACAGAGACGCUCGCUUCAUUUCGAGAGCUAGGACCACCCGAUCUGGUCCACGUUAUCAAAUUUACAGGCACAAGCGCCCGAUCGCGCGACAUUGGCUCGUAUCACUAUGUGUCUGGUGUCGAUGCGUCCUCAUCGGCGGCUCUGGCUGCCUACAUCAACAGCCUCACGUAUGAGCUAGACCAGAAUCCAGGCUUUUUCUCGAGCAAAGCCGCGUACAAGCUCAAGAGCGGUGCAUACUGUUGCUUCAACGCGUUUUCGCGUGUUGACGUGCGCGUGGAGGUGCGCAUUCCAGGAAGCGUCGAUGCGUACGUCGUCGAUCUGCGCGGAGAGCGACACGAAACCACGCCCGAAAUCUGGCAAGAGGUCUACUUGUCCGCCCUCCUCCGCUCGAUCCUUUAUGCGGAUGAUGCCAAUUACCGUCUGGCUGGCUAUCGCAAGCUCGACCCCAUCUCGAGUCCCGAUGCCGAGCAUCGCUUCUUGCAAGCAGCAGAAAACCUUUUCUUCAAGGGUUGGCAACUAGGCUCUGAUCCGGAAGUGCAGGUUGCUACCGUGGUUUCAAAUCAUCUCACUGCUGGUAUCCUCAAGUAUUUCGGCGAAGCGUCUAGGUACGAACAGGCGGUCAACCUCUUUGAAAAGCUCUGGGCGAGAGAACCAGAAGUCGCAGCGCUCGUCGCACAAUCGUACAUCGGUAUGAACGAAGAAAUCAAGGCGGUCCAAGUCAUGCACAGCGCCAUCAGGGAGACGCCACAGUCGUAUGCGUUGCUGCACGCCCAAGUCGACUUUUUGCGUUCCAAGGGCAAAUACGAGUGGGCGCUCAAAGUGGCUAAGCAAGCGGUCAACUGCGCACCAUCGGAAUUUGUGACGUGGGCCAAGUUGACGGAAUGCUACAUUGAUUUGGAGCAGUGGGAGUCGGCGUUGUACACGCUCAAUUCGUGCCCCAUGUUUACCUACAACGAACGCGAUCUGCACCGAAUGCCUACGCCAGCACGAAGCCACUUGCCCAUCAAGACGUUUAUCGCUGAGAGCGGCUUGGUGGAUGAAGAGAGUGCGCGCGACAACGAGGCGGAUGUGGCGUUGCUGCGUCUGCCUGCGCCGGCGCUGCGCGGAACUUUUGCCAAAGCGUAUGCACUGCUGGGACGUCUUGUCAACUCGAUCGGUUGGGACGAGCUGUUGCGGUACCGUUCCAACGUGUUUGUCAUGGAGGAAGAGUACCGUGCGCAGAAGGCGGCUGCGACACAGGCAGAGCAAGCAGAGGAAGACGCUUCGAUCCGUGGGGUUGCGCCUAGCGAUUCGCCUGCGAUUGCGUCUUCGACUCCACCGCAAGCGUCCAACGCUGCAGCUGGCACCGAGGGAGUUGAGACCGAGGCAAACGACUCGUCAGAGCAGAGCGACGAUGAACAGGACAGCAGCGAGAUUCGACCAUCGAACCAGGCGCUAACGUCGCAGCUGGGCAUCCAGUCGACGGCCAACGCUUCAUCGCAAUCGAUUCCGAUGAUCAAGAUCUCGACGGAAUCCGACCACGAACGCGAAAAGCAAGAACUGGAAGACUACAUGAAGACGAUGAACGUAUCCGCGUCGGAUCAGCCAGACGACGAGGAUGCUUCGGCGCAUGCUUCGAUCCAGGUGGAGCCACCGCCGCUGGAGAAGCCGGCGCAAGCGUCAGCGGGACACGAGCGAAGCGAGUCGACAUCCACGGCUGUGGCUGCGACUAUGGCGGGCGAUCUGUCGGCAGCUUUGCACGCCAACGCCAACGCCAACGGCAAAGCGGGACCGAUUGUGAACGGCGAACACGAUGCAUCGAUCGCCAUGGCGGAAGCGCGGCAAAAGGAGAAGAACACGGGCUUUUCGUUCCGGGACAAACGACUUUGCGAACGGUGGUUGGACAACCUGUUCAUGGUUCUGUACGAAGAUCUGCGCGUCUACACAAUCUGGCGAGCCGAGAUCGCACAUUUCCGGAGUCAAAACUUGGCGUACCGUAAGACGGGCACGGAAUGGGAGAUCCUCGGCGAGCUCGCGUUACGGCUGUUGCACAAAGAGGAAGCGCGCGAUGCAUUCCAACGAUGCGUCGACGUCAAGUUUAGCGCCAAAGCGUAUCUGCGGCUGUUGGAGAUCUACACGGAAGCGAGGGACGUUCAGCGCAGCCUGUGGACCGCGAUUCGGUUGACCGCGUACCACCACCGGUGGUACAUGGAGGGCAGUUUCCCUGGCGCUGUGGCGACGAGCCUGUUCAAGUUGAUCAAGACCGAGGGCUUGGCCAAAGUGAGCUACACGUUGGUAUCCAUGAGUCCGCCGCCGGCGAUAUUAAGGUUGAUGCAGAACUACUUUGCUUAUGCUACGGCGUUCAAGGUGCCCGGGUACGAUUUCUAG